UAGUCUCAUGUACUCCUUUGGUCAGGUUGAUUUCGAUGGUUUCUGCUUAGAUUCAGUGUUGGUGAGCGUUUAGUUGUUUUCUUCGAUAUGAUAUAUGAGUUUGUGUUGUGUUGUGUUUUGUUUUGUUUUCUGAGGGAUGACAUGGAAGUGCUUGAUGAACCUCCGUAUGCAACUUUUCUUCGGGCGACUGGUGUUGAUCGUCCAUAUAAAGAGGAGCUUCUGUCGAAAAUGGAAUCUGAUGGACAUAAGGUUGUAAAAGAUAUUAUUUAUGGUCCAGGAGAAAAGAAAUAUCGGUUUUGGAAGCAUAUGGUAAAACAACGGGUAACUGGUUUGCCGGAUGAUUUGUUGAAGAAAGCAAAGCACAUUAUACUGAUACAAAAUCCUCUUGACAUAAUGCAAUCAUUUGGCAAGUUUGUUCGUCCAUCGGUUAAAGAGUUGGGUUUGACUGAUCUGCUCGCCGUGUAUGGUGAGCUCUGUGAGCUGGGAAAAACUCCAGUCAUAAUUGAUGCAGCUGAUCUUCGACAAGAUCCUGAGGCCACUUUACACGGCCUUUGCGAAGACUUGGAUAUUCCUUUUCAAGCCGCAAUGAUGGGAAGCUGGUCCCAAACCAAUAGAUGGCUUUUGGGCACCAUGGUGGUACGAAAGUGCACACAAAUCUACGGGCUUUAAGCCACCAAGAAAAUAU